AUGAUUAUUCGAUCUGAUUAUGAUUUGGGUGUGAAAAUGAAAUUAUUGAAUGAUAACAAACAAUUUGAAAAAGCACUUCAACUAUUUGAUAAACAUAAGAAAAACAAGCUUCAGUCAUUUUCUAGUUUGAUGAUUACUCAAGCAUUAAAAGCAUCUACUCAUCUUAGAGAUCUUCAACGUGGUACAAGUAUUCAUUAUCUUAUUUCAUCACGUAUAAAUAAUGAUUCUUACAUAUUAGCAUCAUUAAUUCAUUUCUAUAUAAAUUGUGGUAAUAUGAAAACUGCUCAAUCAAUAUUCGACACAGCAGUAAAAAAAUCAUUAUCAAUAUAUGCAGCAAUGAUGAAAGGUUAUAUUAAAAAUAAUCAGGCAAAUAAAGCGAUGGAUCUUUUCCAUGAGAUUAAUAAGCCGGAUGAAGUUAUUGUUAUUCUUUUAUUUAAUACUUGUGCUCAAUUGGGAACUGAAGAAGCAUUAAAUUUAGCAAAAAGAGUUUCUAAAGAAAUUCCACAAUUGUUUUACUCAAAUCCUCGUCUUUUAACUUCUUUAUUAGAUGUAUUAAUAAAAUGUGGUGAUAUGGAAUAUGCUCAAUUAUUGUUUGAUAGAUCAACAAAAAAAGUACUAUCGAUGUAUGGAGCAAUGAUGAAUGGAUAUAAUAAAGCUAAAAAUCCGUUUAAAACACUAGAUGUAUUUCAUCAAAUGAAAAUGAAUGGUAUUGAGCCAAAUGUUAUAAGUUAUACUUGUGUUAUUCAAGCUUUAUCUCAAAUGGGUGAUUAUUCAAUUUCUGAAUCAAUCACUGAACAAAUGCCUUCCUCGAUUUUUGUUGAUAAUCAAAUUCACAAUGCACUAAUCGAUAUGUGGGCAAUUCACUGUUAUGGUUUAAAUGGAAUGGGUAUUCAAGCAGUUAAACUUUAUCAUCAAAUUCCAUCAGAAUUAAUCAAUGAAUCAACUAGUAUUUGUGUUAUAAAUGCAUGUUCACAUUCAGGACUAGUUGAUCAAGCUCGUUCGAUUUUUCUUAGCAUUCCGAUGAAAACAGAGAGAAUUUAUACGACUAUGAUCGAUUGUCUUAGUCGUGCAUCUUUUUUCGAUGAAGCACAACAAUUAAUUCUUGAAUAUGAACGUCUCAAUUCACCUGUGUCACAAAUGUACAUGGCAUUGUUAUCAGGUGCGAGAAUUUUAAAGAAUAUUCAUUUAUCGCAACAAAUUUAUGAUCGGAUGGAGCAACUUUUUCCUCAAUUAACAGAUCGAUUAACAUCAGCCGCAAUUAUUGUAGCUAAUGUUCAUGGAUCAUUAGGUGAAUUUGACAAAGCAUCAGAGAUUAGAGCUAAAUUAAAUGAAUCAGGUGCAAAGAAAACAAUUGGACUCACAAGUACUGCAGUCAAUAAACAAUUUUACGAAUUUCGAGCUCAUGAUCGAUCUCAUCCUCGAACUGAGGAAAUCCAUGCUGAAAUUAAGAAAAUAUCAAAAGAACUUAUUGAUCAUGGUUAUCAAUAUGAUUCAAGUUGGAUCACACGAACAUUGAAUGAAGAUGAAACUGAUGAGACCGUUCUUUGGGGGCAUAGUGAAAGACUUGCCAUUGCAUGGAAUUUUGUUGCAAAUCCAAAUACAAAGCGAAUUCAAAUGAAGAUAAAUCUUCGUAUUUGUGGUGAUUGUCAUCGAGCAAUAAAAUUAAUCGCUUUGAUUCGUAAAUGUGAAAUCAUUAUUCGUGAUGCAAAUCGAAUCCACCAUUUUCACGCCAAUGGGCAAUGCUCAUGCAAUGAUUAUUUUUGA